AUGAUCAGAGGCGCUCUUAGAAUGCACCCUGUUAUUACAAACACAUUAGAUAGCAAUAAUUUAGAAGAUAUGGAAGAAAUGUUAGCCGCAGCAGAGAUAUUGAUUUCCAAAUGGGACACAAAUAAAAGCAGCAAAAUGCUCUUUCAGAGCAACGCAGAAGAAGUCCGUAUGUACAUGGACUCUGUCCAAAACCUCCAACGGCUCAUGGAACAUUUGUCCGCCGGCGGAACCAACGCUGCCCAACUCGUCCGUGCGCAGCGGCUGAUGAAAAUGUCGAUGGCCCGUCUGCAGAACGAGUUUCACAAAAUUCUGUUAUCUAACAGCGAACCCAUCGAUCCAGAUCGGGAGUCAUCGGCCCGACCGUCCUCCUGUUCGAGCACAGAGGACAGCAUAACAUGCUCUUACGGUGACGACGACGGCAGCAGCCAAUUCAGCUCCAUCUGUUCGUCAUCAGACAGAACAUGCGAAUUCGACACGGUUCCGUUGGACGCCAUGGCGGAUCUACGGAAUAUAGCGCAGCGCAUGGCGAAGAGUGGAUACACGAGGGAAUGCGUUCGAGUCUUCACUCUCACGAGAAAGUCCGUGGUGGAAGAGAGUUUAUACAAUCUGGGCGUGGAGAAGGUGAGGUUGAACGAUGUUCGAAAAAUGGAGUGGACAGUCCUGGAUGACAAGAUCAAGAAAUGGAUAUACGCUGCCAAAAUCAGUAUCCGAAUUCUGUUUGCCCGAGAGAAACGGCUGUGCGUCGAUGUGUUUGGGGGACUUGACAAGAUGAGAGAUUCUUGUUUUGCUGAAAUCAGCAAGGAGCCCGCAGAAAGGCUUCUUGCCUUUGCAGAGGCCGUGGCCGUUACCAGCCGGGCGCCCGAAAGAAUGUUUAGGGUGCUCGACCUCUACGAAGCACUCACCGAUCUUAUGCCUGAAAUAGAAGACAUAUUUUCUCAAGAAGCUUGCUUUAGCGUGCACGAGCAGGCUAAAAGGAACUUGGUGCAACUCGGCGAGGCGGCCCGGGGAAUUUUGAUGGAAUUUGAGAAGGCAGUUGAGAAGGAGAAAUCUAAGGUUCCCAUUGCGGGCGGCAGUAUUCAUCCUCUCACCAGAUACGUUAUGAAUUAUCUCACUUUUCUCUCCGAUUACAAGGAAUCUCUGGUAAACAUAAUCACAGAUGCGCCACGGGAGCUACCGAAAGUCCUCCCCGACAAUGAGCUGACUGAUUCCUCUGCCCCGCUGUCUGUCCACCUCGGAUGGACCGUCUUCACCCUGCUGUGCAAGAUCGACAAAAAAUCUGAUCUGUACAAAGACGUGGCCCUGUCGUAUCUCUUUCUCAUGAACAACCUUCACUACAUAGUACAAAAAGUGAAUGGAUCUGAGAUUAAAUACAUUCUGGGGGAUGGGUGGGUGAGAAAACAGUGGAAUAAAGUGAGACAGUACGCGGUGAAAUAUGAGAGAGCUGCGUGGAUGAAAGUGUUGUCUUGUGUAACAGACGAAGAAGUUCCUUCGAACGGCGGAGUUUUGAAAGAGAGAUUAAAGGAGUUCAAUUCAGCAAUGGAAGAGGUGAAGAGAAGGCAUGGCGAAUGGGUGGUUCCUGACGUCAACCUGCGAGAGAAAUUAAGAGUUUCAAUUACUGAGAAAUUGAUUCCGUCAUACGACUCCUUUCUUAACAGAAUCAGAAGCCGGUUUGAAAGCGAUAUGUACAUCAAAUACACGCCUGAGGAUGUGCAAGAUUUUGUGUUGGACGUGUUUAAGUCACUUUAA